AUGUUAUCCUCGGCUUCCUCUUCCCGACCAUUAUCCAUGACACCCUCGGCCAGCAAAGGCUCAUCAUCACUGCGAUCCCAUAACAACAACAACAACAAAAAACAACCCUUUUCCAAUGUUUUUACGUUCUUUGAUCAUUCAAGACUUGAUGGCUGGCAAAAGAAGAGCAAACAAUAUUAUCAUCCACAAGUAUCACCUCUUCUUCUUCCACCGGGUGUAACUCCGUAUGGAGUUUCAUCAUUGAAUGGCAACCUAUCGACAGGAGGAUCAUCCUCGAACAAUAGCAACAAGAGCAAGAAUUCUCUCGGUGGCACACAACCUUUGAAUAAUAAUUUAAUUUUGAACUCACCUCUCCUUCAGAAUACUCCACUUGCCACUCUCUAUACAAGUACCACAGCUAUGGACUCUCAGCGAUUGGACAAGACCAACAUUUCAAGUGUUGCAGCAAGUAAGAAUAUUCUCUUCUUUUCAGAUGAUCACGGAAAUAUCCAUACCAUUGAUACUCAUAAAAAAGAGCAUACGUGUGUUGUGGGUGUCUUCUCGAAAGCUGUCUUUUCGAUUCGAGUGGUCACUCCAAAGAGCGGAUCUGAAUAUAAGGGUGGAUCGAGUGGAAAGCAAUCAAGCAGUGCAGGUCAACAUGAAGAACAAAAAGUUAAAAGCAACUAUCUCAUUGCCAUUGGAAGCGACUACAACAUGUCCAUUCUUCAGACUCUGGUUGCCUCCACAGAGAACAAUGACGAUGGUGCUCACAACAAUAAUGCAAGCUCACAACAAAAUGGAAACACAUCAUCAAGUGCUUUGAAAGAUCUUACCAUCCAGGAAGAUGUAAAAAUUAAAGUAUUCGAAUGGAAGGGAGCUUUCAAAAUUUCUGAUCUAUUGACCAUUCCAAAAGCCGAAAUUACUCUUCCAAGAUAUGACAAGGAGGACAAACUCAUUAAUUCCAUUGAUCAAUUUGAAGUUACCAGCGAUUUGAAAUAUCUUGCAAUUCCGAGAGGAAAAUAUGUUUACUUGUACAAUGAUGUUGGAAAGAGAAAUACGAGUUCAAAUCAAUCGGGUGUUGUAUCUGCAUCAAAAACCUCAACUCAAACAGGAUUCUUUAGUUUUACUUCGUCGAGUGACAGACGAGCACCGAGCAUUCAAGCACUGCCAUCGAACAGUCAAAUUAAUUCCCUCGGCUUCCUUUCAAAUCAGGACAAACAAGGAAAUUGGGUACUCUAUGCCACUGAUAAGAAUGAUGUAUAUAGAUGGGAUUUAGCUCGUUCUUUGGGAUCAGGCUUUGUAAAAAUCCCCUUCUCAUCUUCAUCACUUGUGUCGACAACAGCAAGUAAUGCGUCAAACUCUGCUCAAGACUCCACAUCAAACACAGGAGCCAAUUUUGUUGGAAAUUCUGAUCCCAUUGAAUUUGGUUGUGCCUGUAUUUCAAAUCCAUUUUAUGCUUCAUCGUUUUUAGAACAUCAAGAGGCCAAGUAUAAUUCACAACGUUCGCUGCAAAAUCAAAACCUUCUCUAUGACACAACAAUUGGAAAAUAUCAUUCGGCAUUUAUUGUGUUGAAAGGUGAUGAAAUUCAUGCUUUCAAAUACAAUCACAAUCCAAAUAUUAUAGUUUCCUCGAGCACUAGUUCUGGUGACAGUUCAUCAAAUGCCAAUGAUAAACUUGUAAAGCUUCCUCCAUCACAUACCACUCAUCACAAUCAUAACAUUAUUCGUAGGAAAUUAUUCUGGUAUCAAAAUUAUUUGGGCAUGGUCCGAGUUGAAAAUCAUUCACCAUUACCAAUUUAUGGCAACAAUGUAACCAAUAAGAAGGGAAAUGUCAUUCUCAACAUGUAUGACAUUAAUAAUGCAUACAUUACAUAUGAUUUCCGUACUCAAAAUCUUCAUAUGGCAAACAAUGUUCCACAAAAUGGUGUUGCAAAUCAACAGGGAAGUAAUACGGUAUCAUCCAUUGAGAAGAAUAGAAAAUAUCAAUUUAUUGAUGUGGUUCCAGUGUAUCAACAAGGUGUUGAUACUGGUACUAUUUUCCUCAUUGUCAAGAGAGAAGGUCCAAUGGGUAAAGAGAGCGGAAGUGAAAAUUACAUUUAUCAACUCAAAGAGAAACCUCCUCAAAGCAAAUUAGAAUUACUCAUCAAGAAGUAUCAAUAUCGUUAUGCAAUUGAACUCGCAAAAACAAUUCAACAACUCGACUAUGACGCCUUCAACUCUGAAACUCGUCGUAAAUAUGGUGACUAUUUAUUUCCCAAGGAAGAUAUCAACAAGCUAAAAUUCCUUGACUCACAAAAGAAUGCCUAUCUGAUUCAAUAUUUGUUAAAGCUUCAUAUAGAGCGAAAGAACAAUCGUGAUCACACAACACUGUUACUGAAUUGUUUUAUGAGAUUGGAUGAUUUGAGUGAGGAACAAAUACAACUCAUGACUAAUCCAUCAGGUCUCAACAUGUCCAACAUGUCUUCUAAAGACAAAGAUAUGAUAGGAAUGGACAUGUUACUGGAUGAUGAUGAUGGUCAAGAAGAUGCAGAAAUAGCUGAGGAAGAGUCCGAAGUGCAACUAAUGAAUCGAUUUAUGGAACUUGUAGAGAUGAGAGACAAGUCAAAAAUUUUUGAAGAAUUUAUUCAUCCAAGGAAUAGCAAACUAUUGAACUAUGAUGUUGAAACUGCAAUUAAAGUUCUCAGAGAGAAUGGUUUCAGAGAUGAAGCACUUAAACUCGCAGAAAGUAAUGCUCCCCUAUUUGCCAAUAAUCCAGAAAAACAGAAAAUACUUAAUGACUGGAUUAUUAGAAUUUACAUUGAAGACUUUGCAAAAUGGAAUGAAAAUCCAAAAUUACCAGAGCACAAAUUGAAUUACAAGAAGGCUCUCCGACACAUUGAAUCUCUCAACUUGGAGCAAGCAAAGGAAUUUAUGCGAAAAUAUGGAAGAAAAUUGGUUGCUAACAUUCCAGAGAGAGCAACCAACUUUUUGAUCAGAAUGUGUACCAACUAUAGAGCAAUUCCAUCCAAGAAACAAGUCACGGGAGUAAUUCCUCAAAUAUUUGAAGUUGCAGAUAAUAUUGAUGAUAAGAGAAGAAUAUUCUUGACACAAUCAGCAUGUGAGGAGCUUCAUAUUACGGAUCCUGAUCUAUUGAACAUUUCGGUGAGCUCUUCAUCUACGCAAUUCGACCAGUCACCAGAGGAUUACAUUUUCUGUUACUCUGCCGAUAAGGAUCACACACAAAAUCAAUACUGGUUGAUGGUUUUAUUGGAGGUUGUCACCAGUUACCACAAAGAUGUUCAUUUCAAUAUGGACAAAGUGGUAUACAAUACUUUACUUGAACUUUAUCUUUAUUUCUGGUCCAAAGACAAUACUGUAAAUAAUAGAAAUAUGGCCAGCGCUGAUAUCGAUCAUACUCCUGAGGAAGGUUUCAACAUUACUAAUGGUCAAUAUUAUGAAUAUAAGGGAAGCCUUGAUUCCAACACUCCAACUCCAACUUCACCUGCAGGACAAGGCGGCACUACAUCCUCAGUGGAUACUCCUAACAGUUUAUUACUUCCAAAAAUUGAUGAUGGAAACGAUCAUUACAAAGUAUAUCCUGUUCACUCCUCUGACAUGACCACAUCCUAUAGACUUAAAAUUAUGGACAUUUUAUCCCAGAGAUCUCACGGUGAUGAUAGCAAACCAAAAUAUGAUCGGGAACAUGCACUUGUACUUGUUCAAUCUGCAAAAUUCAGAGAAGGAAUUUUAUAUCUGUACCAAGUUCUUGGUCUUCAUUAUGACAUUAUUCAGUAUCAUAUGGAUAAGGAUGGAGUUGAUCCUGAUAGAAAAUUCCAAGAUAUUCUUUCUCGAUGUAGAGAGAAGGAAUGUAAAGAUGAUCGAAAUGUUUGGAUACAAGCACUUUCAUUUUAUGCCAAAGGCCCUGGAAGUGAAGAACCAAAUUCUGAGAAAUAUCUAACUUCUCUGUUAGAAGAAAUCAAGGACAAUGAUGUCAUACCACCUCUAAUGGUUGUAGAUAUAUUGUGUCAAAACAGCAAGAUCAAACUCUCCACUAUCAAACAAUAUCUUCAAAGUAAGCUGAAAUCUGAACAAGAAAGUAUCAAAGAUCAAACAUCCACCAUUCGAGAGUUACAAAAAGAAACUCAAAAAUUGAAUUAUGAAGUUGAGGAGUUAAGGACAAGUGCCAAAAUUUUCCAACUCACCCAAUGUUCACUCUGUAACUCUCAAUUGGAUUUACCUGCAGUUCACUUUAUGUGUAUGCACAGUUAUCAUCAACGAUGUCUCGAGAAGGAUGAAUGCCCAAAGUGUGCCGAAAAGAACAAGUCUUAUUUGAAUGAAAUGGAAGUUUUGAAACGAGCAAAGGAAGCUGGUGGACGAUAUGGUGCCUCAGGUGGCACUCUUAGCAAACAAGAACAACGUGAUAAUUUCUUCAAACGUCUUGCAACGAAUGGUUUCAGUGUAGUUGCCAGAGAAUUUGGUAUGGGUACAAUUAAUAGUAGUUUGGCAAGUUUUGGAGGAGAGUUGAAUCCUUACGACGAUUUUGAUGACAAGCUGUAG